AUGGCUCCAGUCCGUGAACAUGCGAGGUCGUUCUGCACAGCAGUGAGUGGUUACUAUUGCGGAAGCGGCAUGCGCGCGGCGGCCUCAGAGCUUGUCCCUCUUUCUCUCACUGCUUCUUUCAGGCUUGCAGGCGAGGACGAGGCGGCGAACCCGCGGCACUUCCGCGGCUCUACGUCCUUCGGAGAUCACUUCUGCUGCCCCUUUACUCCGCUUCCGUCUCACCCUCCCCUGUUCGCUCUCGGCCGAACGCGUUGCGGACUGUCGCACUCUCUUCCUCUCUCUUCGUCGCCUCUUUGUUCGUCUUCAUCCAUCUCGCUGUCCUCCCUAUAUCCUCUUGACUCUCACGGCGGUUCCUCUUGUGGUUUGCCGUCACCCCGAAGUGUGACUCGAGUCGCAUGCAGUGUCUCCCAAGGAGGAGAGGCAGCCUGUGGCGCGGCGCGGACACAGGGCGAGCGCGAGGAAAUGGCGACGACCGUACGCGAGGCGUCGGGCGAGCCGAAACAAAAAGACGGAUCAGCGGACGAAGGAGUGGCAAAGGGAGACAAAAACGGUGAGGGAGGAAUGGCAGGACACCGAGGCGUGGAGGCAGUGGAUAGCACCAGGAUUAGCGCAGAGGAGAGCUCGCAGGAAGAGACGGACGCGCAGCUGUGCUCAUGCUCUCCGUGCUUGGAGGUGGAGACUCGAAGCAAACGCAGAGGAGGUUCAGGCUCCUCGUCUCUUCCGGUCUGUGCGGGCGCCCUGGCGUGCUGCGCCGUCGGCGGGGUUUACGUCUGGCUGCAGGAGGCGAGAGGCCUCUCUCUCGCAGUUCUCUCGUUCCACAUACAUUUCGCGCCCGAGGACGGCGGGGAUGAGUCCGCCUCAUCCUCUUGGUCGCUCUCUCUCACGCCGUCGCCCGCGGGGCAAGCGUCCGCGACGGCGCCGACCCGGGAGAGGCGGUGGGGGUAUAGCAGAGGGCACUCGCCUGCUGCGACGCGGUCGUCGGCCGCGCGCGGCUUCCUGGAUGUCGAGUGCUGCUACGCCCUUCUCCUCCCUAUUGAGCAGAAACCGGAGCCUCUUUUGAUUGCAGGCGUCCUUGCCCCGCUGUUUCGGCCGCCGAUCGCUCCUUCGUCCACGCACACCGCCUCUCUCCGGCGUCGCGUUUCCGGCGCGUCGGGCGGCGGGGCCUGGGCCUUCGGUUGGACGCCUGUCUCCGCGCCCGGCAAGCGGGCACCAGUCUCCUUUCCCUUCGCCGUCACCAGUCGGCGCGCUGGCGUGCGGGUGGGUUUGCGGGCUCACGAGACGGCAGCCGAGCUUCUCUUUCAGAUCCGCGCGUCACCGUUCUUCACGCACCUCGUCGAGCUCGCGCUCUACGAACUUUUUGAGCGCUUUCUGUCCGGCUUCAAACGCGAGUUGCGCGCCCUCGCGCCGUUCAAAGCCAGCCGGAGUGCCCAGACGCCGCCCGCGAAUGGGCUCGCCCAGGCCGGGGUCGCAGGCGCCAGUCCGCAGCGAGACGCGAACGGGGAGUGUCGCAGCGGAGUCUCAGGGGUCUCUGCUUCGUCCACGCUUCCGCACCAGAAGAGAGGCUCCAUGGAGAGCGAGAACGUCGGCGAUCCGACAGAGGGCUGGGCGGCGGCGGCUGGCGCAGCACUCAUGCGCCACCGAGAGGAGGGGUUGCAGAGGAGAGAAAUCGGUUUGCAGUCAUCUCGGUUCUCCCCGUCUGCGUGCUCGGGGCCUUGCUCUGCGGAGCAGAAAGGCGCGAAUCGUAAUGAUUCCGGGAAAGAAACCAGGCAACAAAGACUCCCGCGCGCCCCCUCCCCACCGGCGAAGGCCUAUGUGCUCAGUUUGCCGCAGGCGCAGGUGUCUACGGAGAACGAGGAAGCGCGGCGAAGGCGCCACCAGGGGGGGGCAGCGCCGCAGCAAACCUCGCGCGUGUUGCAGCGGACGAACAGAGGAGACUGGGAGGAUGCAGAGAGGGCCAGAGAGGCUGGUAAAGAAAUGGCGUCGCAGAGGAAACUCGCGGCGAGCGAUGGACGAGAACUAGCCCAACCAGGAAGCGAGGAAGCGAUGGGGCCGCGCAGAUCGCGCGACGCACGGAAAAAGGACCGAGACAGGGAUGAAUUCGGCAAGGCGUCCGCAAGAUACGAGGAUAGUCAUGGCGGCGCGAAGCAGGCUUACGGCAUUGCAGAGGCGGAGAGACGUGCGUGUGCGCUCUUCAGUCUCGAUCGCCUUUUGCGAGCUGAAGACGUCUCUGAAGCCUUUUCUCUCGUGGCUCCACGAGCGCAUCCGUACCGCGUGCCGGUCCCCUCUCAGUUGUCUUCCGGUCCCUCUCUCUCGCCUUCAUCUGGCUCAGAUGUCCCGCUUCCUUCGUCUGCAUCCUCUCGCUCCGUGGCUCGCGCUGGGUCACAUGGAGCAUUGUCUCCCCAUCCCGCUGCGUCCUCGCCUUCUGCCGAGCUGUCGCUGCAGCAGCGGUUUGCUGUAGCCCAGGAAGCGCUGACCGCGCUGCCGGGCGGGGCGGCUUUGUAUCUUUUUCUCCAUCUUCUUUCGCGGCAUAGCCUCGCGCGGAAGCUCGUGCGCUUCGUGCUCGCGCUCCUGGUUGCCUAUCCGGCGCGGAAGAGGGCGGAAAACAGCGCGUGCGAGGCGACCGGGGAUCCGACUGAAAGUGCGAAGGCUCGGCAGGCGUCUGUGCAUGCGCUACGGGAAGGAAACUGCGAAGAGGAUAUCGUCGUGCCGUGGUCGGGAGCAGGAGGGGCCCCCGCACUGUGGGCUCCGCCGGCGCUGUUUCAGGAGCGAAGACGAAGCAGGUCGCACGCAGCGAGGAGUCGCGCAGAAGAGAAACCUGCGCGAGAAGGCGAGCAGCUCCACUCUCAAGUGGAAGAGGAGGAGGGCUCCCGAAGAGCCCAGAAAGCGAAGCACGGCCAGCGUGCGGAGGAACGCGCGGAGAGACAAGCCGACGCAAAAGCAGACGAAGAGAGGGCCAUCUUUCAGCUUUACCGAGAUGUUGUGGCAAUCGUUGAGGACUGUCUUUUGAGUUCGCUGGUUCAUCUGCAGUGGCUCCGCGUUUUUCAGUUGACAAGUGUCCUCGCGCUCGAUCUGCCUGCUUGGCUCUUUCGCCUCCGCCCUCAUAUCUGUCGCGUCUUUUCGCUUGACGGGCCGUGCGGAUUGCUUCCGUCUCCGGAGUCCGCCCCGGUGGUGUCGCCCUGUUGUUCGCACUCGCAGUGCCUAUUUCUGCAGGACGACCCAGCAGUGCCGUUUGAGCGCGUUGUCUUGUCGCUUGUAAGCCAGCUCGGUCUCAGCGCUCGGGGCUUCGCGUCUCGCUCGAUCUGGUCUGCCGCGCAGUGGCGAGCUUGCCUUCUGGGCUCUCGUUCGUUGCCGUCCCUCUGUCGUACGACGGAGAUGGGUCGCCUACACCAAGGCUCUCUUCUUGCGCGUACGUCUUCUCGCGCCUCGUCUCAUUUCGGGGUCGACGCAUCGCUUGCUAUUUCAGAUUCGGCAGAGGCGGCCCCGGCUCCGACUGCUUGUCGAGAGGGAACGGAUCUGCAGUCAGAAGAGGCUGACGCCCGAGUUCUUGCUGCGUCGCCUUCCGCAUGCGAGUGGAAGCGGGGCAGUUACGCAGCCGUCUCUGGGGCGUGGGUUCACCUGCCUAGCGUGAGGGGGCUCACUCCUUCGCCUGCUCCGGCCUCGCCGUUUCCGCCCCCGACGUUUCGUGAGUUUAGGGCCUGCACUCAGCGUCCUCAUGCUGGUCUGCAUGCGCAAGUGUCUCCACCUUCUUCCUCUGUGCCUCUGCCUCUUCCCGAUGGGUGGUUCACACACAAGCAGGUCUACAGGGGUCGCCUCGCUAGCUCCUUUAGUCCGCGGACGAACGCGAGGGCGGGGGCGCCGUCGCCUCCGGCGGGGCUGCCACAGAGACUUGGGAGGCGGGUGCAGCCGAACUUCGUGUCGGGGAGCGAGGGCGAGUACAGUCUCAGGGCGGCGACGGAAAGUCUGACGGCUUUCUUUCUCCACGUCUUCGUCAGAGCCGACCUGCCUGUGCUGGCGUUGGCGCUCCUCGUGGCCGCAGGCGACCGCGAGGGAGUGAGGAGAAUUCUUUCUCUCUCGCCGUCGUUGCGACUGCGCAUUCAGAUGAAGCAAGAGGAAAGCAACGGGCGCGUCUCGGCUUCCGCGGACACGACCGCUCAGCAGCCGAGCAAGGCAGCGGCGCUAGAAAGCGGGCAUCCUGGAGGACGCAGUCGAGAAGACGCGAAGACUGCAGGAGGGGGUGCAGUGCGCAGGAAGCAAAACCGAGACGGCCGGCGGGUGGGCAGCAAUGUCUCGCUCCUUGCGAGAGCUGCUUUUCGUCAUGGCUGA